GUGAUUCUGAGGUUUAUCUCUCUCAAAGUCUCAGACUACUCUCAGGUGAUCGAUACCAAAUCAAACGUUUAAAAGAUGCAUCCUCCGCUUACACCACACCGACAUCCAAUGUGUGUUGAGAUAAUCGAGGAGUUCCAAAAGUGUCAUUUAGAUCAUCCCAUUGGAAAAUUCUUCGGAGACUGUACAGAGCUGAAAGUAAAGCUUCUUAGUUGUUUCCGCCAAGAGAAAGCUGUGAAGAGGAAGGUAAAUUUCGAACAAAGCAAGAAACUUCAAGAAAGACUUAAAGCUAUUAGGAAAGAAGAAAAUGCCGAGACUUGAGCUCAGAUAUAUGUAUGUCUAUUUCAAAACAAUGACGAUGGUAUCAUUCAUCUGUUGAGUAGGGUUUAGGGUUCAAAUGAAAAUGAGGUAUUUAUUGGAUUUUAAGGCUACUUAGCUUGGUCUGAAACAUACAUGUUCUUCUUACACGGUUUGUUUUAUUUAUGGAUUUACAAGUAGCUACACAACUUGGCUUCAUUGUGGCUACAAAAUAAUAUUUGCAUUCAAACAUUUUUUUUUUUGUUUGGAAAAU